AUGGUUCUCACCAUCCGCAAGGUCCACCUUGAGGUGGCUGUCUUCUCGGCCGAGACCGCCCUCAAGGCUCAGGCUCUCGGAGCAUCCCGCAUUGAACUCAAUGCUCGCGGCUCAUAUGGCGAAGGCGGUCUCACCCCCACGCUUGAGGAGCUCAAGAAGCUUCGUGCCCAUCCCCGCAAGCUCACCAUCCCGGUCCACGUUAUGAUCCGCCCUCGUGGUCCGCUUGGCGGAGGCAAGCCUGACUUCAUUUACUCGGCCAAGGAACUCGCCCAGAUGGUCAUCUCUAUCUGCGAGUUCAAAGAGAGUGGCCUCAUGAACGCCGCUGAUGGUGACCGCUUUGUCUUUGGCGCCAUUCAGGAGUUCGACAACAUUGAUCCUCAGAUGGACGGACUUCGCCGCACUGAGGUCGACGGAACCAUCUGCAAAGCCCUUGUCGAGACCGCCAAGCCCUUCGGCAGCGUCUUCCAUCGCGCUUUUGACCCCAUCGCGGCGACUCCCUACGCCGUUCGCCAGGCGGAGAAGCUCAUCGAUCUCGGCUUUCAGUGUCUUCUCACCGCGGGUAACCGCGUUGGCGGCUGCCUCUACCAGGACAACACCGAUAAGAUCGACAUACUUUGCCGCCGCAUCGCCGGAAAGCUCCAGAUCAUUGCUGGAGGAGGCGUUCGCAGCGGUGGUCUGAAGGCAGCGGCCGAGCAGCUCGCCGUUCACGAUGAAAAGGCCCUCUGGUUCCAUACGGCCAGCAUCCAGUACGGUCCGAAUAGAGAGGCUACCGAGCAGCUCGACACCUCGGAGCUCAUCGCCAUGUUGAACAUCCUUGGCCAGACCCAGCCGGCCUAG